AAAGGGGCCACCUCACCACCACCACUACCACCACCACCAAACGCUCUCUCUCUUCUUUUCUUCUCCUCUCUUCUCUUUCUAACUUAUGUUCCCUGUCUUCUUACUCCACCAAAAUGACUCACCUCGUCUCUCCUCCACCACCACCGCCUACCACCAUUCCUCUCUUCUUCUUCUUCUUCUUCUUCUUCUUCACUCCUACUCUUUCACUACCCACCUCCUAGUCUCCCUUCACUUCUCUCCAUAACAAACUUUCACCCAUCUCUCAAUCUCACCAUUCACCUCAUCACUCCACCAUGCUCAAACUUAUAGUCGAAGUCCAUGACGCCGGCGACCUCAUGCCCAAAGACGGCGACGGCUUCGCCAGUCCCUUUGUGGAAGUAGACUUCGACCAGCAGAAACAGAGGACACGGACCAAGCCCAAAGACCUCAACCCUCAGUGGAACGAGCACCUGGUGUUCAACGUCACCGACCCAAGAGACCUUCCCAACAAGACCAUCGAAGUGGUUGUCUACAAUGACAGAAAAGCAGGCCACCACAAGAACUUUCUUGGCCGGGUCCGAAUCUCCGGCGUCUCCGUCCCUCUGUCGGAGUCAGAAGCCACGGUCCAGCGUUACCCACUUGACAAAAGAGGCUUGUUUUCCAACAUCAAAGGCGACAUCGCUCUUCGAAUCUAUGCGGUUCAGGAUUCCGGUAGCGCUCCUCAACAACAGCAACAGGAAUAUGGUAAUGUUGAAACUGGUACUGCUAAUACCAGUGACGUAGAGAAUCCUCAUAUAUUUUCGCCUCCUCCUCUGCAAGAAAUCAAUGGUAAUACUCAUAGGAUGGAUGAAGAAGCCGAGCAUCAUCACAUGGCUGAGAAGAUGAUGAAGAAGAAGAAGGAACAGGAAGUGAGAACUUUUCACUCUAUUGGAACAGGAGGUGCUGCUGCUGCUUCUUUCGCUCAUGCUCAUCCACCUUCAUCCGGGUUUGGGUUUGAAACCCACCACCAAAAAGCACCCCAAGUUGAAACGAGGACGGAUUUCGCCCGGGCGGGUCCGGGUCCGGGUGCUGCCACGGUUAUGCAUAUGCAGGGACCUCCGAGGCAGAACCCGGAGUAUGCGCUGGUGGAGACUAGUCCACCACUGGCGGCCCGCCUCCGGUAUAGACCUGGCGGGUAUACAGGGGAUAAGACCUCCAGCACAUAUGAUUUGGUGGAGCAGAUGCAUUACUUGUAUGUGAGUGUGGUGAAGGCUAGAGAUCUUCCAACCAUGGAUGUGACUGGAAGCCUCGAUCCUUAUGUGGAAGUGAAGCUUGGGAACUACAAGGGAUUCACGAGGCACUUGGACAAGAAUCAAAACCCGGUGUGGAACCAGAUUUUCGCUUUCUCCAAGGAGAGGCUGCAGUCGAAUUUGGUGGAAGUUACUGUGAGAGACAAGGAUGUUUUGAAGGAUGAUCAUGUGGGGAGAGUUUUAUUUGAUCUCACAGAUGUCCCAGUUCGAGUUCCGCCGGAUAGUCCUCUUGCUCCUCAGUGGUACAGAUUGGAGGACAAGCAUGGGGUCAAGGUUAGAGGGGAGAUCAUGCUUGCUGUUUGGAUUGGGACUCAAGCUGAUGAGUCAUUUUCUGAUGCUUGGCAUUCUGAUGCACAUGACAUUAGCCAUGGCAAUCUUGCUAGCACAAGAUCAAAGGUUUACUUCUCACCGAAACUAUAUUAUCUUAGAGUUCAAGUUCUUGAAGCUCAGGACCUUGUCCCUUUAGACAGAAGCAGAGCUCCGGACCCAUAUGUGAAGAUACAGCUUGGUAAUCAGAUGAGGGUCUCAAGGCCUUCUCAAGUUCGUACCAUUAACCCACUUUGGAAUGAUGAGCUCAUGUUGGUUGCAUCUGAGCCAUUAACCCAAGAAGUCUUAGUCAUAUCGGUGGGUGACAAGGUUGGACCUGGCAAGGAUGACCUGUUAGGAAUGGUGAUUCUUCCGGUUAGAGACCUUCCACAAAGACUGGACCAUCAUAAGCUUCCUGAGCCUCGCUGGUACAAUCUUCAGAAGCCUUCAAUGGCAGGUGAACAGGAAAGUGAGAAAAAGAAAGAGAAGUUUUCGAGCAAGAUUCAUCUCCGUCUCUGUUUGGAUGCAGGGUAUCAUGUUCUUGAUGAGUCUACACAUUUUAGCAGUGACCUUCAGCCUUCUUCCAAGCACCUGAGGAAAGCAAACAUUGGAAUUCUGGAACUUGGGAUUCUCAGUGCCAAGAAUUUGCUCCCUAUGAAGGGUAGGGAGGGUAAGACUACUGAUUCAUACUGUGUGGCCAAGUAUGGGAACAAAUGGAUUCGAACUAGAACACUUCUCAACACUCUGAACCCUCGCUGGAAUGAGCAGUAUACUUGGGAAGUGUAUGAUCCAUGUACUGUCAUCACCGUUGGUGUUUUCGACAAUCAUCAUAUCCAUGGAAGCCAUGAAGACACGAGGGACCAGAGGAUUGGGAAGGUAAGAAUCAGGUUGUCCACUUUAGAAACUGAUCGGAUUUAUACACAUUACUAUCCCCUGUUGGUUUUGACGCCCUCUGGUUUGAAAAAGCAUGGUGAACUUCAGUUGGCAUUGAGGUUCAGUUCUACAGCUUGGGUCAAUAUGGUAGCUCAAUAUGGAAGACCAUUGCUUCCAAAAAUGCAUUAUAUCAAUCCUAUACCUGUUAGGUAUGUUGAUUGGCUUCGCCACCAGGCAAUGCAGAUUGUGGCUGCACGACUAUCUCGAGCAGAGCCACCACUGAGGCGGGAGGCUGUUGAGUACAUGCUAGAUGUAGAUUACCAUAUGUUUAGUCUGAGGAGAAGCAAAGCCAACUUCCAUCGUAUCAUGUCAGUUCUCAGCGGAGUCACCAUGGUCUGCAGAUGGUUCAAUGACAUUUGCACCUGGAGAAACCCGGUCAUGACGUGCCUGGUGCAUAUUUUGUUCGUGAUUCUAGUUUGCUACCCAGAGCUGAUCCUGCCAACAAUCUUCCUCUACCUCUUUGUGAUUGGCUUAUGGAACUAUAGGUCCAGGCCAAGGCACCCACCUCACAUGGAUGCUCGGAUUUCACAGGCAGAGUUUGCACACCCGGAUGAAUUGGACGAGGAAUUCGACAGCUUCCCUACAAGUCGACCCGCGGACAUUGUGAGAAUGAGGUAUGACAGGUUGCGUAGCGUGGCGGGUAGAGUGCAAACUGUGGUUGGAGAUUUGGCAACCCAGGGGGAAAGAGCUCAAGCACUACUAAGCUGGAGGGAUUCAAGGGCUACAGCAAUCUUCAUCAUCUUCUCGUUGAUCUGGGCAGUUUUCAUAUACAUUACUCCCUUCCAGGUUGUGGCAGUGCUGGUUGGGCUCUAUAUGCUACGGCAUCCACGAUUCCGACACAAGUUGCCUUCUGCACCUGUUAAUUUCUUUAAGAGAUUGCCAUCAAAGUCGGAUAUGAUGCUAUGAGAUUUUAGCAAGAUGCCUUCUGCACCUGCACUCAUCACGUUCAUUAUUUUGUAAGAACAGUUUCGUUACUUAUUUACCUCAUUCUUGUAAAGAAAAAGGGUAUUCCAUAAAAUAAACUGAGCAUAAAGCACAAGGAAAGACAAAUGUGAUAAUGUGCUUCCUGCACUUUUCCUGAA